UUUAACCCCACUCAGGCCCAUGGGGGUUGUGGAGGUGGGUGCAGCCUGGAGCAGGGGAGAGGGGCAAGGAGCAAGGAUUCCCAGGUUCCUCUGCAUGGCAGGACUCAGGCUACCUGGGGCAGUGUGUUGCAUGGCUCCCUGCCUCAGUUUCCCCUCAGGGGCUUCCCAGCCUGGCGGGUGGGGAAGAGAGCCAGUGCGGGCACAGCAAAAUGGGUCAAGGAACACGGUGGCAUGGCCGGGAACUGCCUCUCUGGUGGAGGAACAAAGGGUUCCUGUUUGCAGCCGGGCUGGCCCUGAUCCGCAGGCCACAGUGCUGCGAUGGUCCCAGCUCUUGGCACGUCCCUCCCAGCGGGGCCUUCCUUCCGUGUGGGCGCCACUCCCGCUGUCUUGUCUGUGCUCGGAAAGGAGAUUUCCAGGAAUUGUUUUGGGGCCUCUGUGAACCGUGUUCUCUUGCCCCGGGGCCCGGACCCCCCCUCCACCACCCUCUUCCCUCCAAACUGCAGAGCCAGCAGGUCCGAGUGACUGGUGGCUGCUGCUUCCCUCCUGGCACUGGCGCUGGUUCUCCAGGCUGCGCCAGGACCCCAUUCCACAGACAAAGCUCCCAGGCGCUACAAGGUUGAGGCAGGCCUGGCUGGGGGCAGCGUAGCACCCCUCUCCCUUGCAUGUCCAGAGAGGCGGUGCCUUGUCCCACCCCAGAGGUAGCUGCAUUAGGGUGACAUAGGGCUCUCUGGAGGUGCUGAUGGCAUAUGAAAGUCCCUGGGAGGAUGGGAAAAAGCCUUGAGCACACACCCCUAGACUGGAUCUCCAUAAGUGGGGGAGGCAGGAGCAGGGACAUCCAAGGACUCCAGGAGCUGGGUUUUUUUGCCCACUUGGAGCCAUCCUACCUCAGCCUGGAGCCAGUGGCUGCCUGCCACCCAGCUGGCUUCCUCCUACAUGGCAAAAAGCCCCUUCCAGCGGGGUGGGGGAGGCCUGAGCCUGGGGUACAGAGAUGCCCACGUGCCAGCAGGGCUGUCAGAAGAGACCUUUAAUAGUGAAAUACACAGGGCUGUGAUGGGGGGGGCAGCCGGGUCUCGUAGGAAGGGGGGUCAGAGCUCUGAUUGGGGACUGCUUGUCCAGGGAGCCAGGGAGGGGGGCUGGAGAUCAAGGGCUGGGUGCCAGCUCCACUCUCCCCCAGUCCCACCCCAGGGAUCCCCAGCUCAGAGCAAGCACCUGCCCUGGCCCCGCCUGCAGCGUGGUGAACCCCGGCUGGGGCAGGAUGUCAGGCUGGGCUGUGCAUUUCCUGCCAAGAGGAGGCAGCCGGCCCCCCGCGGUCCCUGCACCAGACACCAGCCCCAGCCACCGCCGGGACCAGCCACUGCCGCAACUCUUUCGUGCAGCCUGCCACCACCAUGGCCGAGGUGACACCCACGCCUGCAGAGACAUUGGUGCCGUGGGGAGACGGGGACUACCACAACUGGACGGAGCUGCUGCACCUCUUCAACCUCACCUUCACCUACUGCGAGGUGCCCCUGGACGAGAAUGUCAAGCGGGUGGUGCUGUUUGUCCUCUACCUGCUCAUCUUUGUGGUGGGGCUGGUGGAGAACCUGCUGGUGAUCUGGGUUAACUGGGAGCACCGGGCAGGCCGCAACCUCAUCAACCUCUACGUGCUCAAUAUGGCUCUGGCCGACCUGGGUGUGCUGCUUUCACUGCCCGUCUGGAUGCUGGAGGUGACGCUGGACUACAGGUGGCUGUGGGGCAGCUUCCUGUGCCACUUCACCCACUACUUUUACUUCACCAACAUGUACGCCAGCAUCUUCCUGCUCACCGCACUCAGCGUGGACCGCUACGUGUCCCUCACCGGCGCCUCCGCCUUCUGGUGUCAGCACCAGCACCGCGGCCGCCGCCUGCUCUGUGCCGGCCUUUGGCUUGUGGCCGGCCUCAUCCCCUUCCUGGAGGUAACUCACAUGAAGCUGGUGAACAGCAGUGACCCAGUGUGCGUUUUCUUGGCGCCUUUCGAGACCUAUGAUCAGUGGGCGCUGGCUGCCAGCCUGGUGGCCACCGUGGUGGGGUUCCUGGUGCCCUUCCCCAUCAUCGCCAUCUGCAACAUCCUGACGGCCCGGCACAUGCGGCACUGCAAGCCUGAGAGCCGGCGGCACCAGCUGGUGGUCUACGCCUAUGUGGGGGCCUUCCUGCUCAGCUGGCUGCCCUUCCAUGUCAUGCUGACACUGCUGACGCUGGAAGGCAGCCACAUCUUCCUGCACUGCCACGUGGCCCAGGUGCUCUACUUCUUCUACGAGAUCAUCGACUGCUUCACGCUGCUGCACUGCGUCGUCAACCCGCUGCUCUACAACUUCCUCAGCAAGGGCUUCCGCGCCCGCCUCGCCUCCGCUGUGGUCAAGUACAUCCCCAAGGAGCAGGUCCGGGCGCGUGGCAGGGACGCAUCCUCAUCCUCCAGCACCCAGCACUCCAUCAUCAUCACCAAGGACACAGUGGGGCCCAAUUAGGUGGGGGCGCCAGUCCAGGGUAGGGGGAGAAGUGGGGGGCCCCAGUGUCCUGGAUCUGCUGGUGAUGGGAGAUGCACCCCCCCACCACCCCAUCCGUGCUUCUGGGGACCAGGCCAAUGCUUUGCUUUAAAUUGGCGCUGCCACGCAGGAAAGGGGACCACAGGCAAAGGGAAGAUGAGGUAUCUUGGGGGCUGCGGGCACAUUGCCCCAGACCUCUUGAAACACAGCACCAGAAAGAAGCAGCUGGCCAGGGUAGAGCCACACUUUCUAGGCUAGCUGCCAAAGCUCUUGCAUCUCCGAUUCAGGGCAGGACAGGGACUUCCCGGCUCUGGAGCUGCAGGGCACGAGGAUGUACCUGUACCCCUGGUGCUGGAGGCAACUCCAGCUCAGAGCCGCUAUUGGCAGCCUUUCCUCCAUCUGGGAUCUGACCCUACCCUCUCCCACUGCUCCUGCCUUCCACUGGCACCUGAGCCCCUGCAGGCCAGGCCCACACAGCCCCCUUGUGCUUCAGGCUGUGGAAGAGAGCUGCAGCUGACCCCCUUGCUUCCCAGCACCGAGCAGAAUUGACCCCUGUGGCCCCAACAGGACUUGGCUGGGGGAAGCGGCACUGCUUUCACCCCAGCCCUGACACGUAGGACCUACUUCUGUUGGCCCCCUGCUCUCACAGUGCCCCGGAGCUGUUAGGGGCAGGGGACAGCCAUGGGCGCCCCCUGCGCUGGGGGUCGGGGCAGGAAGAGAAGACCUAGCUCAGGGCCAUACGUGACACACUGCCAAGGGUCUCUGCUUCACAGCCACUGGGACCUUCUACCGAGUCUCUGUUGGCCCCCGACCACCCCCAGCCCCUUUUGUUACCUUGUCCCAGACUCAUCCAGCCCUUACACGUAGAUACCGUGCAGCCGGCAGCCCUGGGCUCCUUGGCACAUGUCGCCGGGUGCAGGGAGGCAACAGCACCGCGGUCUCUCCCUUUGCUGGGUGUGGUGUGCAAGCUGGGGGGCGGGGAAAUGCGGGCAAAGGGGCAGAAGGGAAUCCCAGGGUAGCAGAAUGGGGCCUGCCUUGCCCAGGUUAGCUGGGCAGAGCAGCUGCUUGGGGCUGAGGCUUCGCAGCAAUGGGUGCAUGCAGUGCCCAAUGCCUGGGCUCUGUGUCACACAACGGGGUGGCUGAGACCAUGGGCGGGGGGUGCACUCACCAGGCCUUGGUGCGUAGCUCCUGUCCAUCGGUGCCUCCCGGACACGCCUUGGCUCCACCACCAUUUCCUUCAUCUGCCACGGUCUUCUGCGGAGACGAGUAGUCCCCAACCAGAGCUGUGACCCCACCUUCCCUAUAAGACCCGGCUGCCCCUGCCCCCCACCUGCUGUCACAGCCCUGUGUAUCUCACCUAUUAAAGGUCUCUUCUGAAAGCCCAGCUGGCACGUGGGCUUCUCUGUACCCCAGGCUCAGGCCUCCGCCACCACCAGACCUCAAUUCAGGAUCACUGCGCUGCUCCCCAGCUGGGGAAGGGGGCCAUGCCACGCCAGUGCUCUCAGCCUUGCCUGGCUGCCAGCCAAGGCCACUGGCAUACUGCUCUCACUCCCCACAUGGUCCUUUCCCUCCCCGUGGAGCAGCACCAGGCCUGGGGCACCAAGAUGCCUCCCCAGAAAAUCCCACCCCGGCAGAUCAUGCAUUCCAAAGUAAACCCCAGGAGACUGGCUGGUGCCCCCCAGCAUGGGCUCUGAACCUCUAUUACCAUCCCCUGGGGUCUGUCGUGCCCCAAAGCAGUCAGACCCUGUCCCAACCCAAAAGCCCAGGGUGCAUUCAGCU